AUGGACCCAGAAUACGAGGGCGGUCCAGCCAGCGACCGCACAUAUGGCCAUCCCCAAUUACCACCGAAUAAUGCAGGAGAAUAUCCUAUGGAGAGGCAGCAUAGCAACGUGAGCCAAGGCCAGUCGUGGCAAAAUAGCGGAGGCUACGGGCCUGUACCCGGUCGUCCGCCGGUGUCUCCUUCUCAAGGCGAUCGAGGUCGGAACAUGGACCGGGGACGAGACCGAGAAUUGGAGCCAAGACCAAGUAGUGAUCGAAAACAUUCCCAACAGGGCAGCUCAAGGACGGCAAGCGGGCUGCCACGGACCUGUAACAAAUGCGGCGAGCCGCUUACGGGGCAGUUUGUUCGUGCCCUAGAUGGAACAUUUCACUUGGACUGCUUUCGGUGUCAGGACUGCGGCCAAAUUGUAGCGUCAAAAUUCUUCCCGGCGAGCGACACAAAUGAUGGCCCUCAGUAUCCACUCUGCGAAACAGACUACUUCCGACGACUUGGCUUGCUCUGCUAUCACUGCGGCGGGGCACUCAGAGGGUCCUACAUCACCGCCCUGGACCGGAAAUAUCAUGUUGACCACUUCACAUGCUCGCUCUGCUCGACAGUCUUCGGGGCGCAAGACAGCUACUACGAGCACGACGGUCAAGUUUACUGUCAUUACCACUACUCGACGCAGUUUGCUCAGCGGUGUAAUGGGUGCCACACUGCUAUCUUGAAGCAAUUUGUCGAGAUCUUUCGAAACGGCCAGAACCAACACUGGCAUCCAGAAUGCUAUAUGAUACACAAAUUCUGGAAUGUCCGGCUAACUGCGCCUCACGACGAAGAUGGACAGCCUCCCGUAGCAGAAGUCGACGAGACAGCUAAACGCACUCUUGUGCGUGAAGAAGAGGAAAGGAUGGAAGAUAAGGUGUAUCGUAUAUGGAGCGUUCUGUCUACUUUUGAAGAAUCGUCCGCUGCCUGUAUAUCCGACAUGUUGCUGCACGUCAGCAACGGUGCCUACGUGGACGGCGUGUUGGUGGCCAGGCGGUUUAUCGGACACGUCGAAAUUCUGUUCCGCUCUGCCGACAACCUCGAAACGGCUAUAACGAAGUUUGAUUUAAAAAGUUUGUCUUACGGGCGUGAAGCAAAGUUGCUCUGUAAGAAGAUUGUGGCCUUCUUCUCGCUACUUUCCAAGUCGCAAGAUGCUACGACUACGAAGGUUGGCGUGACGCAGGAGCUGCUAUCUCUGGUUACCAGCCUGGCCCACUAUCUCAAACUCUUGAUCCGCAUCUGCCUCCAAGGGGCUCUUCGCAUUGAAAAGGAACGGAACACGUCAGAAAGCCUUCUUGGGUUUCUCGACGAUGUCAGCGCCCUGGAGGCUAUGAAGAAUGAACCAGAGGAGGGGAUACAGCAGAUGACUGCCAAAAUGGGGCCUCUCGCGGCGAACAACUCAGACCACUGCGCGACCUGCCAAAAGUCCAUUGAGGAUGAAUGCGCUAGGAACGGCGAUAGCCGCUGGCAUCUUGCCUGUGUGGCUUGUGUUCAGUGCGCGACUCCAUUGGGCGCCAAGCUGGGAGAUGCCCGGGCUAGAUAUGACGGCUCCAUACAUUGCAACAGUUGCGAGCCAUCCGAUUCAGAGAAAGCCAUACCCUUAGAUCGGGUCACCAAGCUGCAGCAGUAUGUUUUUCUUCUACGGGUGGCUUUGGCCAGACUGCUGGACAUUCUGUAUUCAAGCGGGGCGCUCUUGCAGUCUUCGGAUGCGGCGGCUGCAGCAGCGAGAGACGAGUCCACGCCGUCCUCUGAUGUGCAGUCGCGAAGAGACGUACAGACCUCGACAAGUGGCGACCCUAAUCGGCCGAGAGAGCCGUCUGCUUACGAGAACACGCUCAACGACGUUCGAAGGCUGCGGAGCACCCGUUUAGACAAACACCUGUCGUCGAGUUUCAAAAAAACACGGACAUCCCGCGUGAUGGACGGGCCAGAGGGCUCGGCUGCGCGGCCUGGCUCUUCCGGCGCAGAAAACGGACCGGCAAGCAGCGCCCGUCCCGGAAUGCAGAUUGUGGAGGACCGUGUGGACGAGGCUGCUGCGGACACAAUGCUUGGCCAUCAAGACUACCUCACUCUAGACGACAUACCUCGCAUCGUAGCGGCGGAGCAGGCUCGCGAGCAGCGACCUGGCGGACUCAACAACCGAGACUCGGUCAUGGCCAGGGGUGGUCAGCUGACGGCAUACUCCAACGACCAAUAUGCCGCCGAUGAACGGCAGGGCAAACCUACUGCGGCCGGUCCUACGAUGAUCUCUCCACACAAGCUUGGGGGGCGGAAGUAUUUCUCUGAGCUGUCGGGCCUUGAGUAUUUCAUUGUGCGGCAUCUGGCGGUGAUGACUAUGCAGCCGAUGAUCGAGAGCGAGUUCUCGCUGGAAGAACUGUUGGACUUCAUCGAGUCUAGGAAACCGGCGACAUUCUGGAACAAGUUCGGCAAGGCGUUCAAGAACGACAACAAGAAGAAUGUCAAGAAGAAGGGCAUCUUUGGCGUUCCACUCGAGAUCAUCAUCGAGCGCGACGGGGCCGACUCCACGGACGGCGUCGGGCCUGGUACCCUGCGUAUCCCGGCCAUCGUGGACGACAUUGUGUCGACGAUGCGGAAGAUGGACCUGUCCGUCGAGGGCGUCUUCCGCAAGAACGGCAACAUCAAGAAGCUGAGUGAACUGUGCGAGAAGAUCGAUCGGGACGGCUGUGACAACGUCAACUUGGGCGGCCAGAACGUGGUGCAGGUGGCGGCUCUCUUGAAGCGAUACCUGCGGGACCUUCCCGACCCAUUGAUGACGCACAAGCUGUAUCGCCUCUGGCUGGCCGCGGCCAAGAUCUCGGACGAGGACCGGCGACGCCAGUGUCUCCACCUGACCUGCUGCUUGCUGCCCAAGUGUCACCGCGACUGCCUGGAGAUCCUGUUCUGCUUCCUCAAAUGGGCCGGCUCCUUCCACCAGGUGGAUGACGAGAGCGGCUCCAAGAUGGAUAUCCGGAAUCUGGCCACCGUCAUCACUCCGAACAUCCUUUUUCUCAGCUCAAAGGUGCCCGCUCUUGACAGCGACCCGAUAUUCGCUAUCGAGGCCGUCUACGUACUGAUCAACAAUAUUGAGGAGAUGUGCUUGGUUCCGGACGACCUAGUCGACGUCCUCAACGACCCGAUGCUGUUCAGCAACAACGGCGAGAUCACGACAAAGGAAAUCCUAAAGCGCUUCGGCGACCGGACAGGCAACAGUGCAGGUGGCCGACCAUACGGCCAGGUGGGCGAGGUUAUGAACCGACACGACUCGACGACACGGCCGCUUGCGAGGCGCGUCGAGACGGAUCCUUCGGUCUGGAAGGAAGAGACCAGUGUGCGUCCGGUGCAGGACGUACCAAACGGCAACAACAGUAACUUCCCGCCAUACAGCAGCGGUCCGAACCAGAGCUCGCCGACCAGGUGGCAGGGCCAGGACGAGCCGAAAGGCGUCACUCCGCCCUUCCAGGCGCAGCACGAGCUUGCGGAUCCGGACGGCCAGCUACAGGGUCCAGACCGCACGACUAAGCGAGAAUGGCGGAACUCUGGCUGGGUGCGAGGAAACAAUGGUCCCCCAAGCAAUGGCUCUGUUGGUGUUGCUGGCCAUGGCUAG